AUGAGUGACUGUGAUAAACCGAGUGCCGAGGACCGCAAAAACUCAAAGAUUACUUCCAAAGAAGUAACUAAUUAUUUUAGUGACCAAAAUGAAGAACUUACGCUGGAAGAUUUGGCGCCGGAUGGCGGAUGGGGGUGGAUGAUUGCCCUCGCUAUGAUUAUUGUUUUCGUGACGACAUUCUGCGCGGGAGCUUCCUUCGCGAUAGUCUUCGGGGCCUUCUUCGAGGAGAAAGGCCAAUCAGGAUCCGCUAUGACGCUCCUCAAUUCCGUUUUUAUGAUAAGUUUUUCGAUAUCAGGUGUUGUGACAAAUGCACUCUUGAAGAAAUACUCCUUGAGAUUGGUCAGCGUCACCGCGGCGCUGCUCUUUGCGAUACCUAACAUUUGGUCCGCGUUUGUUACGCAUGUUUAUGAACUCGCGGUUAUUUUCUUCAUUCAAGGAAUCGGCGCCGGGCUGAUGAAUACCAUCAGCAGCGCCAGUUUCAACGCGUUUUUCGUUAAGAAACGGGCCAAGGUAAUGAGUGCAGCGCAAGUGAUAAUUGGAUUGGGAGGAAUAGUAUACCCCAUGAUAAUUGAAAAAAUGAUGGACAUAUACGGAUUUCGAGGAACGGCAGCAAUAAUUGGCGCACUGAGUCUGAACGCGAUAGCAGGAAUGAUGAUGAUGCACCCGGUAGAAUGGCAUCUGAGAGACCCAAAUGAGGUGCUGGAAGAAAGAAGACAACUAAAGGGCCCGCAGCCCCAAUCCGAACACAACCACUCUGCUCUCAACAAAGUCAAAAUACUUGGUUCGAGUGACCGCCGGUCGACGAUCCAUUGCACCCAAGAUUUUAUGGAGCCUGCUAGGUGGAGUAGUUUGUGUAACAUUAAGGACAAUCCUGGAUGUCAGGAACCUCUUCUUUUCAUCAACUCCAAAACAGUAGAAGCAAUCAGUAUGGACCUGGACCCCGACAUGAGACCUAGGUCCAAGUCGAUUUCGAUGAAGAUGCAGCUAGCGAGGAGUCUGUCCUUGUUGCCGGCUUCCAGCAUCGGAAACAUCACCGGGGCCUUGGUAGAAGCCCAGCAUCGACGGGAUUUGACCACUAAAGCUUCGCUUGAUGAACUAAAGGAAUUAAACACACCUAUUGGUGAUAGUAUUAAUGGUCAUAACAAGAGUGAUCAUCACGAUGAAAAUAAAAAUUUGGUCAUCAAGAGAAAGCAACAAUUAUCUGAUUUGUUUGAACUGUCGCUUCUAAAAGACCGGACCUUCGUGAUAAUGAGCUUGGGAAUUUCGUUUGUCUUCGUAAGUGACUUUACAUUCAUUUCGCUGGUUCCUCUGGCGAUGAUGCAUGAUGGAUACACAAACUCUCAAGCUGCUGUUACAAUAACAGUAGCCGCAGCUGCAGAACUGGCUUCAAGAAUUUUGUACUUGAUCUUCACUCUAAUUGUAAAUUGUCGGGCUAAAUUUGUUUUCUUCUUUGCGAUGAUCGUGAUGGGCUUCGCCAAAUUAGGUACCAAGUUCACUUUAAAUUGUCAGGGAACUAGUUUAGGAUUUCAGGUACUGAUUAUCUAUUUUACAGCUUUUCUCUACUUCGGCAACACAUUAAUGGGGAUAUACAUCUGCACAGCGGGAAUAGGAAUCGUCAGGACAUUUAUGAUGGUCCCGCAGCCGCUGGUAGUUGUAGAAAAUUACCCCGUUGAAAUGUACGCGGCUUGCUAUGGAAUUUUCACUCUAGUCAAUGGAAUUGUUAUGGUCGUUAUUGGGCCACUAGUCGGAAUAAUCAAAGACGUAACGAACAGCUUCGAGGUGGCACAACUCGUUCUAGUAGGGCUAAAUUGCGCAUUCAUCGUACCCUGGGCGUUGGAGUUUCUGGUGGACUUUCGGCAGAAAAGAAGAAACAGAGUUGUUAAUACUACCGGCAACAUAAAUGCCGACAAUCACGUGAUAGCUUAA